AUGUAUCACUCCACGCGGUUGGACGUCAAGGUAGACGAUCUGAAGGUGCUCAUAGCGGCCAUGCUUGCGCUUGGAUGCUCUAAGGGCUUUGACAAAAAAGACCUACUGCGUGAUGUGGACGGCGAGGACGACCUGGCUUUGCAAGAACCAGCUCCAAUGGGGUAUUUCUCGCCGCUGUCGAGUGAUGUGGUGGUUCAAGCGGUUCUUGAUUUAGCAUCGAGCGCAGACAAUGAAGACGCAUCUGAACGAUCGAGAGAAACAAACGAGAAUGAGGCAGCUAUCCCAACCGAAGAAGAACAACUGAAAUCUUCACAGAAACUUAUUCAAAACGAAGAGAAAGUCGUAAAUGAUGCGGAAGAGCACGAACUUCCGGUACAAGUCGAAGCCAGGGACGACGAAGCUGAUACUGAAGUGGACGAAAGUCUCGAUGUCGCUGUAGUCUCCACUCCGAAUACCGACUUUGGGCAAAAUGAGGCAAUGGAUACUGAAGUGGAAAGUCCGGAAAUGCUUCCACCUCCUCAAGUUCAAGAAGAAGUUAAUGAAGCAUUAAAAAUCGCUCUGCCUCCACCAGCACCAACUUGUGUUCCUGUCAUUGUUGGCUCCAUUAAUACUGUUGAGGACGACAACGACGAUUCAGAUGAUUCUCAGGAUGAAGAUGAAGGCGAAACAUCUCAAUUACGACCCCCGUUACAGCUAGGUGGUCCAGAAGAUGACGAUGAAGAUGUGCUGGAGGUUGACGCAACGCUUUCCCGGAUGAACGAGAAUUUGAGAAGGAGAUGGAGCUUACAAGCGACGUUUCCUUUCUCCGUUGCUACAACUGGGGCGAGUCCCAGUAAAACUAUUGGUACCGCAGAGGACGAUGAAUUUGCGUUUGAUGUGAACCUCGAGAACGAUUUGAGUGUGCUGUCGGAAGUUUCUAUAAAAGCGCGCAGAGAAUCGCUCGAGGUAAAAAAGCGAAAGGAGGAGGAAGAGCUUCUGAAGGAACUCAAGCGGGCAACGGACGAAGAGAAGAAGCUCAAUGAAAGCGACCAAGCUAUGGACUCCACGCAGCCUGAUGCGACAGCAUAUAAAGACGCUGAUGCACUGUCGCUCGCUGAGCUCCACAGCAUCUACAAACGAGGUCUGGGAGACCAAGAAGUUCUUAUGGACGAAGAAAAAAAGAACAAGGAAGCUGAUGACGAGGAUAGUGAGGGGGAGGAAAAGGCACACAACGAUGGAAGAGAGGCGAGCGUUGCUUGUGAUAACGCACCAGAUACGAAGGCCACUUCCGAAAAACGUGAUGUCGAUGAGUCGGCGGAGUGGAGGGAAAUCAAACUGGUGCAACACAGACAAUCUCAGUCUGCAAACGCUGGCGACAGCCCAGAAACAGCGAUAGUAUCGUACACUGAAGCAGCAAAGUACUACGCCGAGACUCCAGAUGUCAUGCAGCACAGAGACAUCAUUGUCUCGGAAGAUUUCAGUCGUGGCUCGUACCGAGGCCGAUCCAACCCCAUCAAAGUUAUUGGCGAGGCCUUCGAUGGCGACUCGCUGCGUCCAUCUCGACCUGCUGAAGUCAUUGUCCCAUCCAAAUUGAAGGCGUCCGACCGCAAGGUGCUUGACAACAACCUCGAGUUCACCGAGAUUGGGCUGCAGGCUGUCGAUGAAAAGGAAUAA